AUGCAAGAUGAAUUGUGUGGCAAUGAAUUCCAUAAAUGUCAGAAACGAAACGAGGAAACUUUAAGGGUGUAUGCAAUCGCUGAAAGCUUUCAAACAAAUUAUACAGCGCAAAUGAUUAUAAGGGAUAUUCGAGAUAAAAUGAUGUCGUUUGAUUCGCUGGGAAUGAAUCCAAGGAAAGAUGUUUCUCUUGAAGAUGUAUUGAAGCACUUAUUAAGUGUUACAAUUAAUGCAAUACAAGCUAAGUCUACUGAAGAGCUGGAAAAGUUAGAAGGAAGAAUGCCUAAUGUCGGUAUUGUUAGCAUUUAUGGUAGCUAUCUCGUCGGUGCUUUUCUCAGGGAUAUUGUAUUUAUAUUAGUUCAUAAGUCACUGAAUGCAGUACCUGCAGUAAUCACUAUCUACAGCAGUAACAACGAAGUUCUGGAUGUUUCGAAGGAACUAAAAAUUUUGGACACGGUUUGUUACCAUACUCGUCAGCUACGACCAGGAGAUGCACGGUUUUUCAUGUUCACUGCAGAAUCUAUCCGGGCAUUACUAAUAAGAUCAAAAUCUCCAGAUAUUUACAUGAAAUCACCAGAUAUGCAAAUUUUUGUUUGCGAAGACCACUUACAAUUUUUUAAUAUUUGUUUAAAAUUAAGAAAACUUUUAUCUGCUUUAGAUGAACUGACAAGGACCUUACAUGAAUGGCAAAAAAGCAUUUAUCCGGAUAAUCCAUAUGAUACACCCACACCGGGAUUUUUACUGGUCGAUCAUCUUCAAGAAAUUAUUGGUGGUCAACCUACUGCUUUUAUUGCUUCUCAUCAAUUUGGUCAUGAAGAACAACUUUCAAAAGAACCGUGGUAUUGGGCAUAUUUGUUAGCACGACGUUGUGGUCCUAUCCACUGCUUGAAUAAUAAAUACGGAUCUUUGCUGGAGGAAUUUCGAGAACAGUCUCGAAGUUUUUACAUUAGAAUAUUUCGCUUAAAGAUGCAGCACCGAGACCUUAUCCAAAAUUAUGCAAGGCGAAAAGACUUGAUAAUUAAGACUAUCAGGAUGAGGAAUGGUAAAAAUGUAUUAGAUAAUCUGAUCACUACAAUAAAUUACAUCUGGAGAAUCAGCACUGAGGAACUAUAUUAUAUCGAGUUGUCGAUUGAGACAUUAAUAAGUACUAUUCAAUAUGAGUUAUGCCCAGCUUUAGAAACACUCUAUCAGGAGCUUUUUAAACUUUGGACAGAUGGUUGGAUUCGUCAAGAAGUACGUCGUUUCAAGUUACUAAUAGAUAUUUACUAUCAGAAUAUUGAGGCUCCAUCUGAAAAAUACGUGAGCUCUUGCGAAAAACGACUUGCAUUUAUUGCUUUAACCGGUUACCGUAUUGAUAUGGUACUGAAGUCAUGUUUUUAG